GGGCGGGGGGCCCGGCGCGGCCCGGGGAAGGCGCUGCCCUUCGCUCCGCGGAGAGGGCCGGGCUUCCCCAGUUCAGACAAGUCCUCGCCCCGCUCCCGCGGCGGCGGGUUUGGUGCGACACCGUCCUGACAUGUUGUAACUGGUUUCCACACCCACGGCGCCUGAGAGCGACGGGAAGUACCUGCGAUGAGCGCUGCGCCGCCGUGACUCGCCGCCGCCGCCGCGCUCGCAGCAGCCGGGUCGAGCCGCCCCGCAGCUCCGGAGGCGAGACCCCACGCGGGGCACCGGCGCAAUACAUUUCAUCUGCUCAUGAAUGGACUCUUAAAAGAAUUUAUACAAAAUACAUGUGAAAAUGGAAACUUCAUCUUUGCUGUCCUCCUUACAUGAUGAAUGCAGAUCAGACAACUAUAUUGAACCUCAUUACAAGGAAUGGUACCGAAUAGCUAUUGAUGCUCUGAUUGAAGGAGGUUUAGAAGCCUACAAAGAAUUUCUUUCCAAAGAGAGAUGCUCAGAGUUCUUAGCGGAUGAGGAAAUUGAUUAUAUUUUGAACAAUGUUCACAAACUUCCCCAAAACACAAUUUAUUCCUCUAACCAUGCCAUUGAUGAUACCUCUUCCUCGGGAACCUACUGGCCCAUUGAAUCCGAUGUGGAAGCUCCAAAUCUUGACUUAGGUUGGCCCUAUCUGAUGCCUGGAAUUUCUGGUGGCACAAAUAUUGAUCUGCUUUUUCAUCCACCACGAGCACAGCCUUACACCAUAAAGGAAACUGUUCGGAAGAUGAUACGAGAUGCAAGAAAGGUCAUUGCCAUUGUUAUGGAUAUGUUUACAGAUGUGGAUAUUUUUAGAGAAAUCGUGGAAGCAUCUGCAAGAGGGAUUGCAGUGUAUAUCCUGCUUGAUGAAUCGAACUUCAGUCACUUUCUGAAGAUGACAGAGAAACAAGGCUGUCAAGUUCAGAGGCUCAGGAAUAUGAGGGUGCGGACAGUGAAAGGACAAGAUUACUAUUCUAAAACAGGAGCAAAAUUCCAUGGAAAAAUGGAACAAAAAUUCAUUCUUGUUGACUGUAAGAAAGUCAUAUAUGGUUCUUACAGCUUUAUGUGGUCAUUUGAAAAAACCAACCUCAGCAUGGUUCAAGUUAUCACAGGACAGCUUGUUGAAUCCUUUGAUGAAGAGUUCAGGACGCUGUAUGCCCGUUCUUCCGUUCCCAGCUCGUUUGCCCCAGAAUUAGUGCGGGUGAACAGUCGCAAGAUGCUCUGGGAUAAUGAUACAUACCAACAUUCAGUGUCCUCCUUGGCUUCAGUUUCUAGCCAAAGAAACCUUUUUGGUAGGCAAGACAAUGGUUUCAAGAUAGAUCCUGUUUGGAAAGCUCGUGGAAGAUAUGCAGUAAAUGAAAUAGAUAAAUAUGGCUUGAGAAAUCAAGCGUAUAAUAAGCAACCAUUUAAUCCAGCUUUUAAUGUUCAAAAUCCAAUACAGCAGUAUCAACCUAGUGAAAAAAAUGAGCACUGGAAGAGACAUAGUUAUGCUGGAGAGAAGCCAGAAAGGACACCUUACCUAUUGCUCAACAGAGCUAUUAACAGAGCAAACAAUCUACCAAAUACCUGGAAAAUGCCAUCUGAUAGCCUUAGUAUUGUGUCAUCAUUACGAGGAGGAUAUGCAAAUAACUACAAUAUUCCCCAGCAGAGUUUUGCUGAUCAGUUCUCACGACCAAAGGUAAAUCUUGCAGAGAGAAAUUCAAUUGUACGGAGGUCUUUUAAUGGGACAGACAAUCAUAUCCGCCAUCUGCAGCAGAGGAUGCCAACCCUUGAGCACACAACAAAAUCAUUCCUACGUAACUGGCGAAUAAAGUCCUACUUGAAUGACCAGUCAGAUUAUCCAGCAGAGUCAAAUGGGUCAGCCUUGGGUGACAGAUAUGAUAGCUAUGACACAGCUGAAAAUAUUAAAGCUCAUGCGCUGUACUCUCAUUCUCGCUUGCGAUCGUCGUUAGUGUUUCAGCCAACUUUACCUGAACAGCAGGAAGUAAGCAGCUGUGCAAGUUCUUCUAAUUCAACUAUAAUUGGGUCAGAGGGAAGUGCAACACCCAAAGGGACAUCUAACCAUGCUCCAAGUGUGGAAAAUGGAACGAAUAAUUUAGAGGAGCUUAGGACAAACUCUCCUCUUAAAUCAGAUGCACCAACAGGCCACAGAAUUCAGAUUGCAGACAACACAAAACCUAGUGUAAAUUCAAAUGCAGCUGGAGACUCAUCAGUGUAUUUGUACACAACACUGUGUACAGACAAACAUGCAGAAAAUUUGAAGAACCUUCAAAAUGAAAAUAUGCUCAAAAGGAGAAGUUUUCCUAUGUUUAAUUCCAAGUCCAUAUUGGAUCCUGGUACCAACAAACAUGCAUCGAAUUAUGUUUACAGCACAUUGACUAGGCAUAGACUUAAGCAGCCAGUUAGUCCAAAACUUCCAGAAGACAUGCUGAAGAGUGCUAAAAGUUUGCACAGUGUAACCAAUCACUCGCCACAGGAGGACAAGGACCUGAAAGGAGAGCUGAAGAGCCCGCCUGCUAGCAAGGCAAUCUCCAUGGCAGCUCUCACUGAAGCUAGCAGGGAGGAGUCUAGUAAGGAUUGCACAUCGAAGAAAGAAAGUAAGAAUUCCCCGAGUUUUCUGAAGAAAGGGUCCCAGAAACUGCGGUCACUUCUUAAUCUCACACCAGACAAGAAGGAAAACUUGUCAAAAAACAAAGGUCCCGCGUUUUACAGAAUGUGUAGUAGUUCUGACACGUUGGUUUCUGAAGAUGAGAAUCAAAAACCGAAGAUUUCUGAAAAUAAGACAGAUUCUUCCCCAAGGAGAAAAAGAAAUUCAUCAUCAAAUUCUCAAGGUAGUUUGAACAGAAGUAAAGAAGAUGUCACAGGGAGUCCAACAAAGUCUCCAAAGUCUCCGAAGUCACCGAAAUCUCCAAAACCUCCAUCUGAUGAGAGCAAUAAAAAGUGUCCUCUCUUGUGCCCCCUUGAAAGUAAGUUCAUAGAAACUGCAGGAGAUCCAUCUACGCCAAGAUUUAAUACAGAACAGAUUCAGUAUCAAGAUGCAAAGGAGAUCUCCACAAAUGCUAAUUCUGAAAGAGCUCCUGUUUCUGCUCUCCAAAGAGCAAGUUCAGUGGCACCGCAGCUGACAGGCUCAAAGCACCAAGAAGAGCUGAGGUCUCGUUUGAGUGAAAGGCGUGUUUACAGUCGCUUUGAGCCGUUCUGUAAGAUGGAAAAUGCCAGCCAACCUGCAGGAAAUGCAGCCAACAGCAGUUCACAUCUCUCAGAUAUCAAAACCAAGGCCUUAGGGAAUAAUUACGGCAGGAGUAAUCACAUGGUCAGCUACAACUCAGCUGCUUACCACCCAUUGCAGCCUAAUGAAAACAAGCUGAGAGGAUUUAUGCAAAAGUUUGGGAACUUUCUACACAAAAACAAGUAAUGUUAUAAUUUUGUUGAUUAUAUUGUAAUGCAGCAAAACUGGCAAAGCUGGACAUAAUCUUUACUGGACAAAGACUUGUGGCUAACUUUUGUAGAGUUUACUUGGAUUUCUUCUUGGGUCUAGGACAUUGGAACGAAUGUACAUAUUUUUAAAAAUAAUUAUUCUAGAAUUCUUAUACUUAAAUCUUCACAGAAAUUCUCUGUCCAGAAGAUGUUCCAAGGAAGUUGUUUAUAGUGUUGAUAUUGUAAGAUUAAUUUUAUACAUUUUCCUUGUGAAGAAAAUACAUUCUAGUAUAUUUUAAGAUUAAUAAACAUGGGGUAAAAAAGAUGGGGGAUGUUUUUAAACUUCAGAUAAUAUUGUCUCCAAAGAUUUGCCCUUCAAAAAUAGGAUAGUACUAGGAAUAGUAAAUUGUAUUUUUUCAGCAUUUAUGUACACUUUCAAAUGAUAAACACAAAUGUUAAUGCAUGGCAUGUUGCUUAUCUUUAAUUUUUGGAAACCUCUUUUAGGUUUCAUCUUGUUAAUAACUUACCUCCUAGCAUCUAUUGAACUGUUUGGGCAGUAGAUGGAUCUAUCUUACUUUAUUGAAUUAUCUGUGUAAUAUGAUAUUUUUCUGAAGUAUUUGGCAUACAGAUUUGAAAGUGACCUUAAUUUGAGUUUUCACGGACUUGUUUACAUGGUUAAUCUAGUGUGAAUGUAGAAUGAACAUUAAAAAAACUAUUUCUAGAAAAGGUGCCUUGAACAUAACCUACAACUAGUUUAAAUUUCAGUGCGUUAAUCACAUUUGUACUGCAUGCCAGUAUUCUGUAAUGUCUUCACUAAAAAAGCUUUUUUAUUACAUUUUUCUAUUUGGUGUUUAAAAAAAAUUCUGUGGACUUCCAUUUCUCAGGUAAGUUUUUGAGUUUCACGUGCAACAGUCUGUUUUAAGUGUUGGCAGAUAUUUUUGCAGCUGUGGCCUCUAAGUGUGGCCAGGUAUUUUGUGGCUUUAAUGGCCUUACGUCAGGAUGACUAUUACAAGCCUGCGAGGAAUUAGGCAGCUAAAUGUGAGAUUUGUAAAAAUCACCGCAUCAAAUGAUAAGGCACCUUUCUUAAGACAAAGAAAGUACCAGUGAAGGGUGAUAGUAGAAAGUGUUAAACUUCAGUGAAGGGAUUGAGGCACCUAACUGCAGUCUAAGGGACAUUUGGUUUAUCUGAGCCUCUGUAUCAUAAAAAAUUUCUCAAUAAUGGGUGACUACAGGUUAGUGCUCACAAAAACAGAGGUGUGGUGAUGUGUUUGGGCAGCAGCAUCGCAGUCAACUGGCUUAUCCUGUCCUGGGUGUGAAGUUCGUGUCUUGGAAGGACUCCAUAACCGUUUAGCUGUAAGAUAUUCUGUGACAGUUUUGUUUAAAAUUCAAAUUUUUUUUGAAAUUUCACUGCUGAAAGCUUAGAAUUCUUAUACAGAUCUUUGUGUUUCAGGAAAGAGUUUUAGGAGAAAACUUCAGUCUCAGAUCUGAAAGGUCCCACAGUGUUCUAUGGAGGAGUCCACCAUAAAGGUCUCAGCAUCAUUCUUUAGGAAGAAAUACCAAAAAGGCAAAAACGCACCAGUUAGAUGAAGUCAGUUUGUCUUAUCUACCUGUGACCAUGGGAAUAGAUUUUAAAUGGAAAUUACUUCUCACUGAGAACCUGCUCGGGUUCCCAUGAAGUCCCAUAGUUACUGUCAGUGAUUUCAAUGAAGCAGUGUCAGCUUUUUAUUCAAGCUCUUAGGCACCUUUAUUAGGGCUCAUACAUCAUAGCAGUAACUGUUUCAUUGUGAGGAUUCCAAUUAUUUAUAUGACUGACAAAGACUUGCAUCUCAAUCCUCUGCUGAAAGUUUAGGUCCCUCCAUUGGUUGUGAUCACAGAAGAUUUUAUAGAUUUCUUGGUGAGCACUUUGUUCAUUCCUUGAUGAAAUGCCAUAGUUAGUGUUUUUCCCAAACAAAUGUUUAUAUUUAAAUAUUCUGUCCCAACAGAGGCAACAUGUUCAGACCCAAGAUAAAGAGUGUCUUAGUUCUCAAGGCAUGUUUUCAGCGUGGGCACAAUGUAAUUCCACAGCUGGGCAGACACCAGCAAUGCCAUACUGUACUUUUUAAAACACUUAAUAAUUUUUAGCCAGUUGGACAUUUGCCCAGGAUAGUACCUGAAUUGAAGUGCAGUUGGUGCUAAAAAUGGUGGGAUUAGUUUUGGGAAGAUCUUUAGUUUUCCUUUGUACUCUAGUGAUCUCUGACCUAUGCUUGUAGGCAGAACUAUAUUUGGGAAGGAAAUGAAAGAGGGAGAACAAGGAUCUUGGGCCAAGUUUAGAAGAGCAAGUGCUGUCCAUAUUGAAUAAGCUUUGGGAAAUCUGUACUCACGAAAUUUGGAAAUAUUUACUGUAUUUUUCAAAGCACAUUGCUAAUUAAAGGGUCUUCAUAAGGCAGAUAUUUUAAUUUACCAAGUCACCUGUGUUUGUAGAUAUACAUACUGCUGUUUUUUAUCUGCAGAGAAGAUUAAGAUCCUUCAGUGAAGAGCCUGCUCAUAGGCUUGAUAGUGCAAAAAAAAAUCUUUGUAGAACUAGCAUUUUUUUUUCAUUUUCAGCUCUCUUCUCAGAAUUCCCACAUAGGAAUGGUCUGUGCUCAGGCGUGAUCCGAGGUUAAUGAAAAUGAAUUCCAUGGACCUCAGGGGAAGUAGGAUCAGACUCUUAAUGUACUGACAUCCCUAUUUCAGGAAUGUAACAAGACCCAGUGCUGCCUGGGGAGGAUAAGGCUCUGCUUGACAAUACGGGAAGAGCAGCUUAAUGCCCUGCCUGCAGCUACAGCUUUGAAGGUUGGGAAGCACACUGGGGAGGUCCACAGAUGCUGCAAGGACCAAGUGUUCAUUUGUUCCCCCCAGAACCUGUGUUAGUGGGAAAAUGCUCACCCAGUACUGUCUGAUGUACUGAUGUCUGAUGUGAUUGCCUCAUGUCUCCAUGGGAACCCAGUUGCCCAUAAAAUAAAAAGGAAAAUGUAGGUGGCAAAAAAAUCCGUAUAUCAGCAGAGAAAAAGGAUGUGCAGAUUUCUGGAGGGAAAAGUUGGAAUUAUUAUUUUUGAACGUCUUUUUUCCCAAAGCUUGUCUUGAUGUUUCUGCCUUUCCAAAGAGAUGCAGUUCAUUCAAUGUGUCCUAAAUGUGCAUUGCAUGUUAAAAUGUUUACAACCCGCACACGCCCAGUGCACUCCCAGUUUUGUAAGGCUGUGAAGUAAUAGCUGUUGCCAUGCAUGAUGGUCAUUUGGCCACAUGGCUUGGGAGUUGUGAAAUCCAUAAGAAAUGUCACGUCAUUCCCGCAUUAAAUAAAACUCCAUUAGCACUGUCACACAUCUCUGUGAAAGCUGGGGAGAAUUAGGCAGUGCUGAGGGUGCUGAGCUCCCUCAGGAGCACUGCUGGGAGCAGAGGGCAGUGCAGCUGGGAGAUGCAGGCUCCUCAUACAGUGCUCAUUCCAUCUGUGUCGUAAAUAAACUACCCCUGCAUACAGUCAUAAUAUACAGUGAAUAAAUGGCUUCAUUUCUUCAGCCUCAUAAUAAACAGCUUUUGCUGCCUCUCAGACUGCAGAAUUGUUGCUUGUUCUCUUAUUAAUGACCUUGCACUGCCCUCUUUAUUCAUGCUAACAAACAUGAACUAGAUGUGAAGAAAGAUUAUAAAUCAAGGAAAAGUGAGUUGCCAGCUGUCUAAUAAAUGAGGAUAGUAGUAUUUGAGACAAACCUUGAGAAAAACAAAAAGCUUAUCAGGCACUAGAUGUUUCUGCAUAGGUGAAAAAUUACUAUUCAAAGACAACUGUUUGAUAUUUUCCAGCUUUCUGAAAUGUAUUAAAACAUGUUGUGGUUUAUAAGACAUCAUAAAAAAUACCAAAAUUUGUUG